AUGAUCUCUUUCCUCGCAGUCUCCCUUGCCAUCGCUGCCGCGUCGGCCCUGCCUCAAGCGAAGAGGAACAACGACGGCGAGAUUACAGACACCGUCGUCCUGAACUACGCCCUCACCCUCGAGCACCUCGAGAACACCUUCUACCACGAGGCCCUCUCCAACUACACCCAGGACGACUUCACGAAUGCGGGCCUCCCCGAGUGGGCCCGCGGCCGCUUCGUCGAGAUCGGCGCGCACGAGCAGAGCCACGUCGACACGCUCACGGCCGUGCUCGGCGACGCCGCGACGCAGGCGUGCGAGUACAGCUUUCCCGCGCACGACCCGCAGAGCUUCGCCGCGCUGAGCCAGGUCCUGGAGGGCGUGGGCACGUCGGCGUACGCGGGCGCGGCGCAGUACUUGCAGUCGUCGGACGCGCUGACGGCGGCGGCGGUCAUUUUGUCGACGGAGGCGCGCCACGCGGCGUGGGUGGCGUCGGCGAUUCACCUCGAGAACCCGUGGAGUGGGGCGUACGAUACCGCCCUGACCUUCAACGAGGUGUACUCCCUCGCCAGCGCCUUCAUCGUCUCCUGCCCCGACUCCAACCCGACGCUGCCCUUCAAGGCCUUCCCCACGCUCACCCUUGGCGACGGCAAGCCCGGCGACUCCGUUAGCGUUGCCUACGCGAACGAUACCGACGCCUCCGGCGACAUGUACAUCGCCUUCUUCAGCGGGCUCGACAAGACGUUCGUGCAAGUCACAGACGGGCAGGUCACCAUCCCGGGCGACCUGAAGGGUACGGUGUACGCGGUUGCGACGAACAACGCGACGGCGGCGACGGAUGACACGACCGUUGCGGGGCCGGCGAUUUUGGCCUUCCCGUAUGGGCCGGAUGGGAACCUGCUUGACUAG